AGCGCAUGGAUGCACAGCAUAUGUGCCGUCUUUCAGAUGAACCAUGCAGGAGCUGGCAAAUCACCGGAGCUCCGAACACUGUUUUUUCGGCUGGGCAUACUACUAAAGCUUCCCCUGCAUGCCGUCUUUGUGUUUGAUGGCCUGAGCCGCCUGUCAGACAAGGGUCGAAAAAUCAGACACAGCCCCCACUGGCUCACCUGCGACUUCCAGCGCAUGCUGGAGUUGUUUGGCUUUCAGUGGACCGAGGCUCUGAGUGAAGCUGAAGCCGAAUUGGCUGCCUUGAACAUCCACGGUGUUAUUGACGCUGUGAUGACCGAGGACAGUGAUGUUCUGAUCUUCGGAGCCACGUGCAUAAUCAGAAGUGCGAAGAAUGACAAGGACUACCUCAAUGUUCAAGUGUAUACAGAGGAUGGGCUUGAGCAUGGUGCCUCCUUGACCCGAGGAGAUCGGCUGCUCAUUGCCCUCCUGGCGGGCGGAGAUUACGAUAGAGGAGUGCCUGGUUGCAGAAUCGAGAUUGCCCACAAGGUUGCUCUGUGUAGCAAAAUUGGUGAGAAUAUGCUCCAUGCAUUCCUGUCAAUGCCGCUGUCAGAGUUCUCUGAUCGUGCAGAGGACCUUGUUGAGGAACUACGCACUACGCUUGCUAACGACCCCUACCAUGACCUCAAGCGUCGGUAUAAAGCAGUCGCAGAUUGUAUUCCAUGCAACUUCCCACGUUGUGCAGUGAUCGACAAGUAUGUCCAUCGUCCAACAUCUUUUUCAGCCGCGGAGAAUGUGCUACGGGAUGUGUCGUCCUACCAGCCACAUCUCGCAGACCUUGCAGACUUCUGUAGGCAGCAAUUGGGCUGGGACGAUGAUGCCAUCAUUGGCAAGAUGUGUGGGAGUGUAUGGGAGGGUGCCUGUCUUCGCACCAUAUGCAAGGUAGGCAGCACACGUAGUUCAUUUACAGCCUCUAACUGGUGUUUUAGUUGCCCUGACAGCGUGCAGACCACACAGACCGCUGGCCGGUGUUCAAAGUCAUUGCUCGUGCAACGCUGA